ACUGAUCUGUGUUGCCACUCAAACCUUUUCACAGUUCACUGUCCGGUACUGAACUGGCUAGCAUUUAUCUCCUUGCUCUCUCGGUUUUUGAAUUCAUGUCGCCGUGAAGAAGUUGCUGUAUCGUUUUAACUCAUGCUUACCUCGAGGACGUCCUGAUGUGGCCUGCGUCAAUUUGGUUCAAGGGCUGUGUGAGAGUCACUCGUCUAGAUAGCCAUCUGGCGCCUUAACAACACCGACUUGAUUCGUACGCCUUAAUUCGCGAAUACGACUCGGAUAUACAAGUGGCGAAUCCUGCAUUCAGACUCCCACCGCAUCUACGCUGGUCUACAACAUCUUCCAUUUUGGAAUUGUCGCCGAUUUCGACGCUUGCUACAAUCCGAGUCAUCUUCCGAUUUGAUUAGGCGCACCGGUUGGAUCUUCUACGAGGCUGCUUCACUAGGGUCUCUGAGUCACAAUGAAUUCACCAAGUCCGUUCAUACCCCCUCGACCCUUGUCAAGCCGUGAUGGCACGCCAGCACCAAGCCCACCUGUAAUUCCGCCAUUCUCUCCCCCGCAGUCUCCCCCUCAACAGCAACGUGGGCGUCAGCAAGCUGGUGGUGUUCCAGUAUAUCCUGGUUUGGCAACACCCUACAUGGGAUUCAACCAAGGUUCGCCUGGAAGUUACUAUAUCGCGCCGCAGACAUUGCCCUUUCCACCGCAAGGGGUACCUGAUACGCCUAUGGCGCCUGUAGGGUCUGGCGGCUUAGCACCCGAUUGGACGGGUUUCCCAACGCCAGGACCUGGUCAAGCUGGCGGUGGCGCACCCACACCUCAAACCGGACACUGGGGACUUCCGGGUGGUUAUAACACAGGUCAGGCACCUGCAACAGGAUACGCCGCAUAUACGCCGCUACCGGCUGGCUUUGGUAUGACGCCGAUGCAACCAAUGCAACCAAUGCAUCCGAUGCAAGCUAUGCAAGGUAUGCCGGGAAUGGCGGGAGUGGCAGGAAUCCCAGCUAUGCACAUGGGUGGAAUGCCUACGUCUGGAAUGGGAUGGCAUCCUGGACCUGGCCCCGGUGUUUACCCAACACCUUAUGCGCCAAAUGCGCCAAUGCCAGGCGCUUGGGGAUAUACACCAUAUCCACCUCCGGGCGCAACCUUGCCUCCAGUUUUCGGACCGCCACCCCCACUCCACCCAGGUGCACCACGGAUGGAUCGGCGUCAGAGCUCCCAUAGGCGUGCUCGAUCAACGGAGAGAAUGGACGUAUUCAACAAAUGGUUUGAAUCACCGAGCUAUGGACCUGUGCUAUCACCGAUGUUAAUCAAAGAAACAGACGCAAGACUGGAACUGAAUCCUCUGAUCAUGCCUUUGGAUGCUCCCGCAAGAGGCGAAGACCAUAAUGACAGCCUGGAAUGGGACAUGCUAUUUCACACUGGCCGUUGCCACUGCUCCAGCGAUCCCGCCGGACGAUCUUGGUCUCAGCGAAAUCCACCGGCGACUUGGCCAAGAGUAAGUUCUCUUCGCCUCGUCUCUGGGGAUUUUCCUUGGGUGAUCACAAUCGAUGCUUCGAAUCCUGAAAAUGGGGUUACAUGUGGGGAUGUUCUGGAAGGUGUACAUUCAUUCUUGCACCAGCGCGUGUCAUCUAGGGAAUACGCUGCCACCAGCCCAGACCUGCAGAGACAAAUCAAUGCUACAUACUACCACAACCGUUCUACCGCCCCUGGAGUACCAGGCGGGCUUCUUCGACCAGGAAUUCAUCGUUUUGAUUUUCUUGGUACUUCUACAAUGUUUGGAGGUAUUGCUAUGAACGAACAACGUGUACGGGAAAUUUGCAAAGCCCCACUACCGUGCACGUUUGAGUUAAUUUGUGGUCAACGUCCGGAUGAUUAUGUGGACGUCCGCGAUGGCCGUCGAUCCCGGUCAGGAAGGUCCAGGGCGACAUCGCGAGCUACUUCCCGCCCUCCUACCCGUCCUCCCAGCCGGGGCAGGGCAGACCCUGCGGCCUAACGAAGCAUAAACAAUUCUUAUCACGACCUUCCUUCGGCAGACUCUUCGACGAACAUCGACCUGAAACUACUACAACUUCAGGAAGGGUUGCACGCCACAGACACCUCUCAUAUUCAUUGGUUUAGGAAGCAUCCCGAUGGAUAUCUCGGAUGGCCAUUAUUGGAACCCCGGCCUAAUGGUGAUAUCCGCUAUCCUGAUUAGUUCGCCUUUCCUUUCAAUCCUACACAUCGGGUCAUAUUGGUGAGUUGUUGGUUGAACCAAUAUUCUCCGCCGACGCUAUCUUGUACUACAGUUCAUCAGGUCAGUCCACAUAUAGACGGUGACCCUGCUAGUCUUCUUGGAGCAACUGCGUGAAAUGAUGAAGACCGGAGCAUUGUAUCCGCACAGGGGCAAGGGCACAUUAUCCAUCAUCGGUUUGUUAUCAGCCCCAGCUGACCGAAGAUCUAAAUAGACACAAUAUACGCUG